AUGAGAGUAUUGAGUGAUGGAGUUGUUGGUGGUCCGAAUGAUGGUGAAGUCGUAAUUGAUCUUUCCUCUGACAUUGUACUGUCUAAUGCUGGAGAUCCUCUUAAAACCUUUGUUGAGAAUAUAUAUCCUUCUUAUAUGGAUCCUGAAGAGUUGAGCAAUUGUAUGCAUGAUCGUGCUAUACUUGCUCCCACACUUGAUGUUGACGAUGAGGUUAACCAGUUCAUGAUUUUGAUGGAUCAAUCUCAGGGUCGAGUAUAUUUGAGCUCUGAUAGCAUUUCAAAUUCAGAUUCCACAUCGAAUAGUUCUUCUGAGAUACAUUUAGUUGAAUUUUUGAAUAAUUUGAAUUGUUCAAGUACACCUAAUCAUGAACUGAUGUUGAAAGUUGGAACUCCUGUGAUGUUGUUAAGAAACAUACAUCAUUCUAAGGGUUUGUUUAAUGGCACCAGAUUGAUAAUUACCCGGUUAGGUGAUUAUGCUUUGGAGGCCCGUGUCUUGGGGGCAUAA